AUGGCUUCAAAAUCUUUGCUAUCGGAAGAAAAUUUCUCCUGUCCUGUGUGCUGUGACAUCUACAGGGAUCCUGUUGUCCUGUCAUGUAGUCACAGUGUGUGUAAAGACUGUCUACAGAAGUUCUGGGAAGCCAAAGGAACACGGGAAUGUCCAGUUUGCAGGAGAAGAUCCUCUAAGGACUAUGCUCCCCCUAACCUGGCUCUAAAGAACCUGUGUGAGGCUUUCGUACAAGGAAAAAUUCAGGGACCUUCAUCAGGGUCUGAGGAGCUCUGCAGUCUACACAGUGAGAAACUCAAACUCUUCUGUCUGGAGGAUAAACAGCCUGUGUGUGAGGCAUGUCAGAGAUCAGAUAAACACACAGAACAUAAAUUCUGUUCCAUUAAUGAAGCCGCUUGUGAACACAGGGAGGAGCUUCUGACUGCACUGAAGCCCUUACAGGACAAACUGAAGAACUUUAAAGACAUGAAACAAAACUGCAUUAAAACAACAGAACACAUUAAGAACCAGACUGCACACACAGAGUGGCAGAUUAAGGAUGAGUUUAAGAAGCUUCAUCAGUUUCUACGAGACGAAGAGGCAGCCAGGAUAACUGCACUGACAGAGGAAGAGGAGCAGAAGAGUCAGAUGAUGAAGGAGAAGAUUGAGGAGAUUAACAGUGAAAUAUCAUCUCUCUCACAGACGGUCAGAGCCAUAGAAAAUGUGAUAAGAACUGAUGACAUGUCACUCCUACAGGACUUCAAGACCACAGUCAAAAGAGCUGAAUGCACACUUGACACACUACAGGAUCCACAGAUGCUUUCAGGAGCACUGAUCAAUGUGGCAAAGCACCUGGGCAACCUGAAGUUCAGAGUGUGGGAGAAGAUGCAGGACAUUGUUCAAUACACUCCUGUGAUUCUGGACCCCAACACUGCAGGACCGUAUCUCAUCCUGUCUGAGGAUCUGACCAGUGUGAGAUUCAGUGAUGACAAACAGCAGAUUCCUGAUAAUCCAGAGAGAAUCGAUUUCUUUCAUUGUGUUCUGGGCUCUGAGGGCUUUAACUCAGGGACACACUGCUGGGAUGUUGAUGUUGGGGACAGUACAUACUGGUCCUUGGGUGUGACAACAGAGACAAACCAGAGGAAGGGAGAGACAUUCUUUAAUACUGGUGUCUGGCGUGUUCGGUAUAUGGAUGGUGAAUAUAAGUCAGUGGCCUCAGGAUGGUCAUUUACUCCACUGACAGUGAAUAAUAAACUCAAGAGAAUCAGAGUGGAACUGGACUGGGACAGAGGAAAACUCUCAUUCUCUAAUCCUCAAAAUAACACACACCUGCAAACCUUCACACACGCUUUUACGGAGAGAAUGUUUCCAUAUCUUGGUAAUGCCUGUAAACUCUCUCCUCUGAGAAUCUUACCUGUGAAGAAUUGA